AUCGCCUUUUCGGUCCUGUGGCUGUGGUUUAUUCGAAAUGAUCUUGGCAUUGUAUUAUAAUUUUGUAGCAUCACAAGUAGCUCUGUUGCUUACUCAACUUGGGACACAAGUGGUACUUUGUGAACUCCUUCGUCUUCCUCUACAUUUUGUCGUGAUGGCUGUCCACCUUCACAUGUGUUAAUCCAUUUCCGUUGGCGUAGGAGAGAGCAAUGCUGAUUUGAAUUCGAUAAAUUUCAUGCAAGAUCAAUCAAAGUUGCUGAAUACCUGUAUAGAAAAAAGCGUGUCACAUCGUGGAAGUAGAAAAGUUAUUGUGUGAGCAAGAUGGCGCUAUUGAAGGAGUUUUCCUUGCGUGAUGUGCUGUUGGAGUUACGCGAGGCGUCCGUUGAACUAUCCCAAUGUGGCCUUGUGAACAGUGCGAAAUGGGCAGCGGAGCAGGCUUGCUCCCUGGCGGACACGGUGGACAUGCCAGUGGAUGCACAGCCACUGCCACGUCAUGACGUGGCGUUCUGGAAGGACUGGGACAAGUACAGCAUGGCCAAGACCUAUUUUGAUCUGAAGGAGUUCCGCCGGGCGGCGCACUUUCUGCGACAGUGCCAGUCCAGCAAAGCCCGCUUCCUUCGCCUGUACUCUCUCUACCUGGGUGGUGAAAAGACUAAGGAAGUACCAGUAUUCUCGCAAACAUCAACAUCGAAAGCUGUCAAUGCUGAGUUGAAUAAGAUCCGUGAUGAGCUGACCCAGCUGGAGAGCAGCUCGCAGCUAGAUGGCUACUGCUGUUAUCUGUUCGCUAUUGUCCUUGAUCAGCUUUCGUUAUCACAAGAAGCAAUACCGUACUUGGUGAAAGCCGUCACACAAUGUCCAAUGCUGUGGGCUGCGUGGCAUAAACUAGCGGUUUUGCUACCAUCAGUCUCGGCUGUAUCUGACUAUCAACUGCCAUCCCACUGGAUGGUGCAGUUCUUCACCAUAGACCUACACAAGGAAAAACAAAGUGAUCAACUCCAAAGCAUCUGCUCUGCAUUGCAAGCAGACGUCCCUGAGCUUGUCAGCAAUCCCUUUGUAAAUACUGCCAUGGCUAUGGCCUACUAUGACCAGCGAGACUUUGCCCAUUGCAGUGCUAUCUUCAAUGAAGUGAGGCAAGCGGACCCUUGUCGCCUAGAUUUUGUGGAUACCUACUCCAACAUGCUCUAUGUGAAUGGGAUGGAUGGUGAACUGAGUCGACUGGCUCACCACUGUGUCAUGAUUGAUCGUUAUCGUCCGGAAACGUGCUUUGUGAUUGCAAAUUACUACAGUAUCCGUGGAGACCACACCAAGGCCAUCUCCUACUUCCAGCGUUCUCUCAAGCUGGACAGCGGCUUCUUGUCCUCGUGGACACUGCUCGGUCAUGAGUACAUGGAGGUGAAGAAUGUGUCCGGUGCCAUUGAGUGCUACCACACCGCUACUACAUUGAAUCCACGAGACUACCGUGCUUGGUAUGGGCUGGGUCAGACGUACGAAGUGCUCAGUGUGCCACGCUAUGCUCUAUACUACUUUGCCAAAGCCCAGCAGCUCAAGCCUAAUGAUGCGCGUAUGCUGCAGGCUGUUGGUGAAAGCUACUCCGCUUGUCAGCAAAAAGACUAUGCCAAGAAGUGCUUCCUGCGGGCAGUUGAUCUCUCCAAAGGAGAUGGACCCAAUGCUGUCUACCAACUAGCCAAGCUCCAUCAGGACCUCGGGGAAGUGGAGGAUGCAGCGCUUCGUUUUGUGCAAGUCGUUGAGGAACAAGAGAGUGGGUCUCAGUCAUAUAUGGAAACGGACGUUCUCGAUGCGGUAUCAUUUCUGGCGGAGUACUUCCUGAAGAAGUGCAGUUACGAGAAGGCAUCGGAGUAUUCACAGCGCUGCCUGAUGUUUGAUGAGACGAGAGAACAGGGUCGGUUCUUCUUGAAGGAGAUUGCCGACCGGCGCAAGUCCGAACAGUUUGGCGUGAGUCCCAUGAGCGCGUUUGACAAAGUACAGCCUGGAGAUGGUGCACUGUCCACGUGAGGCUGGUAGAGACUGUCUCUGUAGAGGCUGUCUGUGCGUGAGGUGUCGUCCAGCAUGCCACUACAGAUGCUACCACUGCUGUUGCAUGGUGUGUUGCUCCCCGGGCACUGUGCUGAUGUGUGUCACAAAAGUGUCACGGAGAGCUCCAGGGCUCAAGACAGUGGGUACUGUGUUGAUGUGUGUCACCAAGUGAACCAGUGUGAUCCGGACACAAGACAGUGUGCACCGUUACGCCGAUGUUAGUUUGUGCUUGCUCUGCAGCUCAUCGUCAAUGCUGCCUGCCACUGCUAUCCAGCUCUGUGCUAGAGUACACGGGAGUACAGGGUCUCUACUGGACUGAUCGUGAUGGCAACCUCUAUCAAGCGCGCACACACAGCCAUGCUCAUGCCAUCCGCUGCCACUGCCCUCGCUUUAUUCUCUCGCCUACACAGGCGCACAGGUGGACAUGUGUCUACCUUGUCUUUGAGUGCAUCACACAUUACACCCACUCUACUGACACCGAGUACAUUCGUCAGCACUAGUGUGCAUCACGUCUGUUGACACUUGUAGUAUUGCGGUGCUGCAGAGUCAGUAGCUGGCUCAACUGCCUGUCCAGAAACAUCUCUUGCUGAACUCGUGGGCUAGGUCUUGCAUUUGACGAGCCCCAUUUUUUCGCUUCCUGUUCGUUCAUGCUCAUUCGGUCUCCAGCUUACCAGCAGUCAAAGCUCAGCAUAUCCCAUAGCGUAGCAUAGAGGCGUCGUCCUGUGUUUGUAAAGGAUGCAUGAUGACCAGUGGGUUAUCAUGUCCAUGCCCGGACGUACCCGGUACCCUGCUUGCACCUCUCUACUACUGGACAGACUGUCUCAUCAGCGAGUCCCUAUAUUAGGGCAGAUGAAAUCUGUUGUUUGUAGCGAACUGGCAGUCGUUUCUUACUACUACUAGUUUGUCUGUUUGUUCAUCUAGGUUCCUUAGCCCAAGUCCAGAAUACGAGUAACGUUUUGCAUCUAUUGCAGAAAAGAAUAUGUGCGGCUGGGCUUCCUGCGGUCGUUUUAUUUUUUAUUUUUUGCUGAAAGCACACACACACAUACUUGCCCUAUUAUUGCAGGGUUUUGGACAUGUGCCCCAUGCAGGCCAUUCCACCCCAUGCUCUCAUUGUGCUGCUGCUGCCUACUGCUAACUGUCUACUGCUAACAGCCUACUGCUAACUGAAUGGAUUGCUGGCUGAGUGGACUGCUCAGGGGUGAAACUCUUCUCGGCGUCUGCCAACGGCUCUGAUACUUCUUUAUAUAGGUGAGGUUUAUUUACGGAAGACAUCUAUUA